UGUCAAGUACAUUUCCUCUGCAUCGGAAUGGCAAAGGGAGAACGUGCUCCAAGUAGUGCGACUGUCAGUGUCGAAUAGUUCGUGUUAAUGCCUGGUGUUAUUAUUGCAUAGGAACAAAUGCAGGAGUUGCUUACCUGGGCGUGUAUAUGUGUUUAGAGGGAAAUCAACGCUCCCGCUCAAACCGGUAAUUUGAUACAUGUUUUAAAAACAUUUGAGCUUUGAUGUUUGAGUUUACAUGUUCCCGUGUUUCUCCUCGAAAUAGUCAUCCGUCUCUUGGUGUACAAUGUAGCGUCAUUUGUGUAUUAGCCUACCUGCAUGAAUGUAACAUGAUAUUUAGUUCGAUAUGACUAAUGUGACUGAAAGUAAAAGCGUAGAAUGGCUUCAACUCGAGUUGGAAUCCGGGGGAAGUUCGCUGCUUUUGUUGGACUGCCGAUCGCACGAGCUUUACGAAUCAUCCCACAUAGAAACGGCGAUCAAUUUGGCAAUUCCAGCAUUGAUGCUGCGAAGGUUUAAGAAGGGCAACAUACCCAUCCGAACUAUCAUACCGAACCACGAAAACAAGGAGAAAUUCGUUAGACGUUGCAAUACAGAUACAGUGAUUCUGUACGAUGAGUGCACUGUGGACUGGCAGGAUGGGGCCACUGGCUCGGUUCUGGGACUACUUCUUCAGAAACUAUGGGACGACGGAUGUAAAGCAUAUUACCUGGAAGGGGGAUUUGGGAAGUUUCAGACCGAGUACCCAGAGCACUGUGAAACCCUCCUGGACAGCUCCUGUCCCAGCUCCUCUCCCCCUCUCUCUGUCCUAGGCUUCGGAAGUCUCCGGAUCAGUUCCGACCUCUCAGAUGGUGAAUCGGACCGUGAGCCGAGCAGCGCCACAGAGUCUGAGGAGAGCCCCCUUCCCAACAUCCAACCUGCCUUCCCAGUCCAGAUCCUCCCCUUCCUUUACCUGGGCUGUGCCAAAGACUCCACCAACCUGGACGUGCUGGGCCAGUACAACAUCAAGUACAUCCUGAACGUCACGCCCAAUCUCCCCAACAUGUUUGAACAUGACGGCCUCUUCACGUACAAGCAGAUCCCCAUCUCGGACCACUGGAGUCAGAACUUGUCCCAGUUCUUUCCAGAGGCCAUAUCCUUCAUCGAUGAGGCUCGGUCCAAGCAGUGUGGCGUCCUGGUACACUGUCUGGCUGGUAUCAGCCGCUCUGUGACCGUGACGGUGGCCUACUUGAUGCAGAGGCUCAACCUGUCCCUCAAUGACGCCUAUGACUUUGUCAAGAGGAAGAAGUCCAACAUCUCCCCCAACUUCAACUUCAUGGGCCAACUGCUGGACUUCGAGAGGACACUGGGGCUGCACAGCCUGUGUGACAACCACUCCUCCUCCAAUGAGCAGCUCUACUUCACCACGCCGACCAAUCACAACAUGUUCCAGUUGGACACUCUGGAGUCGACGUGAGGAGACGGAGAAGGCAGGGUUUAGCGGCCAUGUUGCUUCAUCAGUGUCUACAUGGUCUUUUGUAGCCUGUCAGGAAAAGGAAAAGAGUCCUGGAACUGCAGCUGGUAGUGAGAGACUGAGGAGGCUCACCUGUCGUGCAAGUGAUUUAAGUAUGGAUUUUUAUAGCCCACGGUGCUCCCCAGUAUGCUUUAAAAAAGUACAUACUUUGUUUGGUCCACGCUCUGAUGCCUUAUCGUCUGUAAUAGUGAAUAAUGGUAUGGUUAUUGCAGGAAAUGUCAUUAUUAUGAGCUAACUCUGAGAUAGUUUAACUGUUAUUUCAUAUUCUCGAGCUGUAAUGUGGAUGUGUCAGUUGUUUUCCUAACAAAUGUGGCUAAUGCGUUGGUCUGAAGGAAGAGGUUGGCCAUGGAGAAUGUGAAUCAAUGUUUUCUGGGACCAAACAGUUUCUUUUGAAUGCUACUUUUGCUGAGGAGAUGGGGCUACUUUAAGUUGGCCUUGAAUGACUGUAAUGUUCCUUUUGAUGACUGUAACGUUCCUGUUGAUGACUGUAACGUUCCUGUUGAUGACUGUAACUUUCCUUUUGAUGACUGUAACGUUCCUUUUGAUGACUGUAAUGUUCCUUUUGAUGGCUGUAACGUUCCUGUUGAUGACUAACAUUCCUGUUGAUGACUGUAACGUUCCCGUUGAUGACUGUAACGUUCCUGUUGAUGACUGUAACGUUCCUUUUGAUGGCUGUAACGUUCCCGUUGAUGGCUGUAACGUUCCUGUUGAUGGCUGUAACGUUCCUGUUGAUGACUGUAACGUUCCCGUUGAUGAUUGUAACGUUCCCGUUGAUGACUGUAACGUUCCUGUUGAUGACUGUAACGUUCCCGUUGAUGACUGUAAUGUUCCUUUUGAUGGCUGUAAUGUUCCCGUUGAUGACUGUAACGUUCCUGUUGAUGACUGUAACGUUCCCGUUGAUGACUGUAACGUUCCCGUUGAUGACUGUAACGUUCUUGUUGAUGGAUGUAACGUUCCUUUUGAUGACUGUAACGUUCCCGUUGAUGACUAACAUUCCCGUUAAUGACUGUAAUGUUCUUGUUGAUGGCUGUAACGUUCCUUUUGAUGGCUGUAACGUUCCCGUUGAUGACUGUAACGUUCCCGUUGAUGACUGUAACGUUCCCGUUGAUGACUGUAACGUUCUUGUUGAUGGCUGUAACGUUCCCGUUGAUGACUGUAACGUUCUUGUUGAUGACUGUAACGUUCCUGUUGAUGAUUGUAACGUUCUUGUUGAUGACUGUAACGUUCCCGUUGAUGACUGUAACGUUCUUGUUGAUGACUGUAACGUUCCCGUUGAUGACUGUAACGUUCUUGUUGAUGACUGUAACGUUCCCGUUGAUGACUGUAACGUUCCUUUUGAUGGCUGUAACGUUCCCGUUGAUGACUGUAACGUUCCCGUUGAUGACUGUAACGUUCCCGUUGAUGACUGUAACGUUCUUGUUGAUGGCUGUAACGUUCCUUUUGAUGGCUGUAACGUUCCCGUUGAUGACUGUAACGUUCCCGUUGAUGACUGUAACGUUCUCGUUGAUGGCUGUAACGUUCCUGUUGAUGGCUGUAACGUUCCUGUUGAUGGCUGUAACGUUCCUGUUGAUGGCUGUAACGUUCCUGUUGAUGGCUGUAACGUUCCCGUUGAUGACUGUAACGUUCCCGUUGAUGACUGUAACGUUUCCGUUGAUGACUGUAACGUUCCCGUUGAUGACUAACGUUCCCGUUGAUGACUGUAACGUUCCUGGUGAUGACUGUAACGUUCCUGGUGAUGACUGUAACGUUCUUGUUGAUGGCUGUAACGUUCCUUUUGAUGACUGUAACGUUCCCGUUGAUGACUGUAACAUUCCCGUUGAUGACUGUAACGUUCCCGUUGAUGACUGUAACGUUCCCGUUGAUGACUGUAAUGUUCUUGUUGAUGGCUGUAACGUUCCUUUUGAUGGCUGUAACGUUCCUGUUGAUGACUAAUGUUCCUUUAGAUGACUGUUCUAAACGUCUUCAUUUGCAGCUCUCUCUCUCUUAACAUCAGAAUGGAGUGAUCUUGGAAAACAGUAGUUGACAAGUGCUAUGCUAUUUUCCCUACUUUUCUGUCUUCAGAGUAAACAUUUGAUCAUGUAGGAAUGCAAUACAGUAUGUCAGAGCAUUACCCUUUUAUCUUUGUUGAACUGAGACAGGUCACCCUCUGCAAAAUGUUAAAGAUGAAACACCUAGAGUUUUGUAAAACUCUUGUAAAUUGUAAUAAUUAUAAUAGCAUUUCAUUGUCUGCAUGUAAUCAAGUUGAAUUUAUGUUCUGUACCUCUUCUGCCUGUUGUUCCUGUGGCCUUUAUCACACCUUCUAAGUUAACAUAACACUUAACUGUCUUAACCUGGGUUAUAGUAUAGGAUUGUCAUAUGCCGUGCUUGAAAUUCACGACUUGUAGUUAUGAUCCAUAAUGGACAUUUGAACCUUGUUUAUUAAGUCAUGUAUAAGUCAUGUAUAGACACAAUCUUCAGCCUGCAGCUACUCUUCCUUUAGCAGAACCAUGUUAAGGGAAACAUGCAGUGUGUUUUGAUCCGUUCUGUUUUUGACAGUAAUGUCUCGGAACGAGUCGGCUCAAAGUUGAAUGGUUUAGUGAAUGAGAGAGAGGGAAUGAAAUGAAACGAGUGAAGAUGAUGCUAAAUGUGUUCUUACCUCAUAGAGAGACAUUUUCAGGGAUUAUAUAUAACAUAUCUGUAUUUUGUUACAGCCUCUGAAAUACAUCAAAGGGCUGUGUUUAUUUGGCAUGUGUUUGUAAAAUAUGUACAUAAGAUUCGCUUGGUAACGGGGGACCUUUUCUCUGAAUCAUGAAGGAUGUGAAGUUAAAUUGACCCAAUUACAGUAUGUAUGGUGUAUGUAAAACUAAAUGUACAAUACAUUUAUGUACAAGUUUAUACAACAAAUAUAUUGUAUAUUUUUUACCUUUAAAUGUG